CAUUGAGAAUGAUUGGUUCAUUCAAAUACAUCUUUAAUGGCGUACUGAUUCAAAGGUACUUGCUCUUUCAUUAUUUUAUUGCGAACGAUGGAUUUUUCGCAGGAAAUUGACACGAAAUUACAGCCGCAGUUGUUCGAUUUUUCGAAAAAACAUUCAUGGACAGAAGAAUACUCAUUUAACUUCACAAAGAAGUUAAUAACAAUGACCAUUAGUACAAUUAUGCACUUACGGAAUUAUUUUCCGAGCAGGGAAUUCACUUUGCAUUACAUUAAUGAUUUUCCAGUGUUAAUUAUAAAUGAAACUUCCGAGAAUCAAGAAGUUAAAUUUUUCGUUCGAGAAAUGGAAAAAGCCUUUGAUGCGAUGGAAAAGAAAUACUUGCGAAGAUUGAUUCUCUUCUUUUACGUUAAGCCCAAGGAAAGUGAAGAAAUAAAAACAUUGGAAACGUACGCAUUGUCAUUGCGUUACGAUAAUGGCUUUACAGGCAAUACUCUCCACCAAAAUAGUAAAUGUGAUAUAACAAUGUUAAACUUGACAGAUACAGAGGAAAUUAUAUCUUCAACAAUAAAGAUGCUGAAUAGUUGUAUGAUAUUGACAAAAAAUCUGAUAAAUGUAACACCUGAAAUUCAAGCAUCGUUGAAACUCCUUUGUUAUGGAUAUACUCCGAUGAGUUACAUGAAUGCAAUUGGUGAAUCCGCAAUUUCAAAUUUUCGAGAUAUAACGGAUGAAUGCAGGUGUCCCAAAAAUCCAAUAUUAAAAGCACCUUUUCAUAAGAUUAAAUUAUCAAUGAGCUAUGCGGAAGAACAAUAUCGACGAUACAUAGAUAGAGUAUGUUGCGCCUGCAAAUCUCUCGGUGGUUAUGGUAGUACUUUACGCUGUAGAAUAUGUAAAACAUUACAACAUGCUAUUUGUUACAACAUUUAUUCAUCAGAUUGUAAUAAUACGAAUCAUAUCUGCAUCACUUGCAGCGAUUCUAACUUAAAUUGUACUGAUACUACUCUAACUAUUAUGCUGCCAAAAAUGAGAGAAGAAGUAUGCGUGAUGCGUCGUGUAUUGGCUUUUAUGAAUACCAAAGACGAAAUUUCUGAAAAACUGGUGAGGACAGAGCUUGAUUUGUCCAAUAGACAAUUUCUAGAAGUGUACAACACGCUCAGCUUCAAUGAAGUGAUACACACUUCAGGCAAUAAAGAUGAAGAGGAGACAAAUUGGAUUGUUAAUAAAGUAAGAUGUCGGGAGACACUUCAAAGGUAUUUCUUACAAAGGUCUGAGCACUUAGGCGAAAAACGCGUGACGAUAAGGUGGCCACUGCCGAAAGAGGCGUUAGUGUUGAAAUAGCAUAGCAUCUGCUAGCUGCGCUAUGUUAGCAUAUGAUGUCCGCAAUUC